AUGUCUCUUAAUCCUGAUCAAUUGGAUCUUGUAUCUGAUGAUCUGCUUAAUGAUCAAGUCCAAGUAGAAACUGUUCAUCAAGUUUCAUACAAUAAUAACAAUAAUCGAAGUAACCUGGAUGCAUUAGGAAUGGCCGCUGGAGUGUCACCUUACGGAACAAAUAACCCAUCUGCAAUGUCUGCAGCAGCAGCGGCAGCUCUUUUAAUACAAGCUGCAGCUGGCGGUAGCUCUGUAAAUGAAUCACCAUCUAAUAAUGUGGCUUUUUCUGGAAGACGUUGUUCAACUUCAAGCCUUCUAGAAUCACCACAACCAUCUCCUUUAUCUUCAUCUAUGAUUUCAGUAGCUGCACAACAAGCUGCCUUAGCUGCUGCUCAAGCUAUUGCCAGUCCUCGAUCUCCAUCAGCUAGUUCUAGCACAUCUAAUUUUCAGGCGGCAGUGUUAUCAUUGGCUUUAGCUGCUUCAUCCACGUGUACAACAAUUAGCAAUUCUUCUAGUUCUGAACUUCGUGAAUGCCAACGUUCAUUACUUGGUCAUUCUGCUAUGAAUGAUCUUAUCUCCCUUUCCGAACAACAUCCCAAAUUACUAACUGCACAUUCUACACUAGCAUCUGUGUUUAGAAGACGUUCUUCAACACUUGCUCCUCCAUGUUUCACUAAUGUACUUAAUCCAGUGUGUAUGGAUGUAGCACCUAGGCAUGAAUUAAAAAGUGCUCCCAGUGAAGAACCACAGUUGUUGUCUUUUUUACCUUCAAAUAUAACGUCUACUCUUGAUCUGGGGAAUUCUCAGCUCCUCAAUAGUCAGCAAUCAACUCUUCCAGAUUACCCUGAAGGUUUUUCUUUAACCCGUGAGUCAACAUCUAUUUCAACUUCUUUUCUGAACGAUAAUUGUAUCGAACAACGUAAUCGUUCAGAUGAAUCUUACUUAAUGGAUGUUAAUUCAGAAGGUCCGGCUAAAAUUACACGGCAUUAUUUAUCUACUUUAGAUCCUGAUGAAAAUGUAGAUAACUCCCGAAACUCUUCCAGUGUACCUCAUAGAGGUUAUGAAGAUCCUAAUUUCCAACCUUUUUACAAAACUUCACCAAAGUAUGAUUCGCAUCUGGUACAUCCAUUAGGUGUUCACCCAUCAUUUGAUAGAAAUUCUAAUAAAUGUAAUACAAGAUAUUAUUCUCCUACACAUACGUCGGUUUCAAGUGAACUCGCACUGGCUACAUGUCCUCCAACUUCACCACUAAGUUGUUCCUCAUUAUCUAAUUCAGCAACUCCCCAAUUGAAUAUUUCUCCAUUAAAUGUUGAAUGUAGAGUGAAGAAUCCACCGAUGGAUGAUUUAAGUGGGGCUACUUCCAGAUCAUCGGUUUCCUGCAGGUCAUUAAGAACCAACUGUGGGACAGAGUGUGAUUUUAAAACUGAUGAACCAAACCGCAAACGCGAACAACGUCUUUUAAAAAACAGAGAAGCUGCAAGGGAAUGUCGUAGAAAGAAGAAAGAAUAUGUGAAGUGUCUAGAAGCUCGAGUUAGUCUUUUAGAGAGUCAAAAUCAACAGCUAAUUGAAGAGCUUCAGAAAGUUAAAGCGCUUUGCUUUAAGGAGUUAUGCGGUUUAGGAUUAAAUAGCUCCACAGCUGCAUGCGCCGCAGCUGUUUUAGCUGCCGUGACCUCAGUGUCUGCUAACUACUCAGGUUCAGAUGCUGCAGAUGCUUCUGGAUUAGAUUCAACGGCCCGGUUUUCUUCAGAAUCUGAUCGUAAUAUAUGUGAAAGAUCCACUGAAGUGCAUCAUAUGGCUUCUGAAUUUGGAGAAGAAAUACAACAACUUCAUGAUUGUCCACGCUCAACUCGUCAACGCAGACGUUCUGUGUUCACUGCACCUAAACUAUCACCGUACUCAAAUCAAGCUUCAUGGUUAAGCCCGUAUUCCUUGAAAUGUUCCGAACCCUCUUCAAACGUGACAUGUACCAAUCACGUAAAUCGUUCUUCUUUUGAUGAGUCACCAUCACACUCAUGUGUUCCACAAUUGCAUGACACAAAAGGUGACUGCACAAAUAACCCUGUUACCAUUUCCUAUACGUCCCCGGUUAAUCCAGAUACAAUUAGUCCUCAUUCAGGUGAACAUUUACAACUUCAUUGCACUGAAUCGCACUCACUUUUAGUAGAAAGUAAGGUGGACAGUAAUCGAUUACCACAUGAUUCAACACAUGAAAUGUCUAGUGAGUUACAAAGUUGGAAAUCACCUCAGUACCAUAACUGUGGUAAUCCUUACCAACAUCCUCGGUACGCGGCGAAAAGAGCUUAUCGCAAUGUGAUAUUUAAUUCUUCCAAUACAAGUAGCGAGUCCGAAAAGAAAACAGAUCCCGUUGAUGAUAAACGUCUUUGUGAACCAGGAGCUAACGUCGAUGCUGUGACUGGUGCUGCAGUGAUUUUAGCUGCUGCAGCUGCUAUGGUCGCAGAAUCUGAAUCUUCUGCACCAGAAUCUAGACUGUCCGUCUAAGCAUAUAUAUAUAUAUAUAUAUAUAUAUAUAUAGCAGAUCAUACUACUUAUGAACAUCUACCUGCGUCUUUCUCAACGAAAAGGUUCCAAUAAGUAAAUUUUUAAGUGAUUAUCUUUUGAAAUAUUCUAGGAGCAGCAAAUAAUAGUUCCUUGAACUGUUAAUUUCUGAAGCCAUUAAAAAUACUGAAUUUAUGCUUUUUCUGCGUUCACUGUCUUCCUUUAAUUUGCCUUUCUUACUUUAUAUGGUCUGCUUUUCCUACUAUGCAAGCUUUCCAAAUUGUGAAAAAUCAUUCCCCCGGCUGACUGAUUCUUGUUAACUCUUUGCGAGACAUAAACUUAUUUAUUCUCUGGAAUGUAACAUCAUCGUUAGUUGUUGAAAAAUUCAUUUGUGCCGUUUGCUUUAUCUUCUUACAUCAUAAAAAAUACUACAUCACAAAUCCAGAUUCUGUAAUCAUGUAUAUUUUGCAAACUCUAUUCACCCUCACCCCCUCUAUUUCUACUAUAAACAGUCACAUUGAAAGAUGUAGAGUUAUUUCUUACUUGUUUCGUUGUUAUAUUCUCAAGCGCCUAGGCAUCAUUUCUUUUGUCAUCCUUUUCCAUACAUUUGUUUACUUCAGGUGUAGCAUCUCGAUGUCUUUCGUAUCAUUUGUUAUUUUUUCUUAAUUCAUUUCUUGCUUCAAGACGUUCUGUUUGAUUGAUAAUUUGCUGGCUAUGAUUGUAGUGUAGUCUAUGCACCACAUUUCCUUGCCUCGUCAUAUUCCUGUUCUAGCGCCCACAGUGUUUGCGUGUCUGUGUACGUGUAUAUAUAGCUGUAGUUCGACAGUUUUUACUAUCCGGUUUUUUUUAAAUUCAAUUCUGCUUUCAUUUUUAUCAAAAGCGCCAUUUUCGUCACUACUAAACAUUCUUUUUUUCACAUACAUUGCUUUUGUGAGUACAUAUUUUAUUAUGAUUUUCAUAUAUAGGUUAGUUAAAAAUUGACGUUAGCAUAAUAUUUGAAGUUUGACAAAUCUCGUAUUUAUUAAUUUCACUUCCUAGAUUUUUCCGAUUCCUAUUAAAUCCGUCAAACCCGAAAUUUGGUUUGUUAUCUGGGAAAUAGUUCACCAAGUUUAUUAUGUAACUUCAAUAAUCCUUGCAUGCUAAUUUCUAAAAGGUCGUUCAAGUUUAUAAUGUACGUUUUAAGAGAAUGUGAUCAGCUACCAUUUCGAGAGCUGUUUGUUAUUGUAGUCAAUUAUUAGUCGAUAUUCACGAAGACAAUCCCAUGACUUUAAAGACCAGUCAUGCAGUUGAGAAAACCGAAGUGAUGCUAUUAAUAAUUACCAUUCAUUCUUGAGUAACUGUCACAUCCCUUCCGUACAUUGCGAUGAGUUCAGUUUAGUGAAUUUGAAUUUAACACUAACAUUUGCUUACCAUGGCUUAAUGCAGAUGCGUCGUUCAGUAACAAUUCACUAAAAGUCGCCAAGACUUAUAUGUGAGUGAUUAGAGAUGUAGAAAUAGUUUCGUAUAGAAAAUUUGCACAAAAUGUAUCCAUACUUGAGUUCCAAAUUCUCUAUACUAGAUUAAUGAUCACAUAGUAUGCUUAUCUUCUAAGCUCUAAUCAAUUCCGAUAUCCAAGCAUAACGACGUAUUUAUUAGGUCUAGUCUAAUUAUAUAUAUAUAUAUAUAUUCACUCUGAAUUUACGAAUAAAAAACUAGGAUGCAGAAUGUUUGUUUAUUUAUCCAAAAAAGAACGAAAUAUCGCCAGGUUUUAUAAUGGUAUAACCAUUAUACAGAGAAAAAUCUCAGGACUUUAUCUUUUGGUGCAACGAAAACAUGAUCACUACAAAAGUACUGUAGAUAAAUAUGUAUAUAUCCUGUUUUUGUUUUGUUCUUUACAAUGCGAGAAAUGUUUUGGAUAAACAUUCCUUUUUAUUAUUUUGCUAAAAAAUAACAGUUGGAAGGCAUAUUUUUCGAUGUGUAAUGUUUUCCUCAAAAUUGCGUAGGCAACCAGCCUUUUUUAUUAUAUAUAUUUAUGGUUAGUGAGAUAUAUGUUUGUUUUUGACUUGACCAACUUCUUACCAUCUAAUAAAAAUAUUUUUCGUAA